CACUGGGAGGAUAGCAAACCCGACGGCAACACGAAAGAAGUUUUCCCGUUCUUUCAAGCGAGCAGGGGCAGCACUAGAAUAAACUCAGCUGCCAUGGGCAGGGCAACGAUGUUUUCUCCUGAGACAGCUACUGAGGCACGUGUCCAAGGCCAGCCCUUCCUAUUCUUUGGACUAACAGUCCCAGAAUUGCUUUGAGGUCUUUUGAAUGGAACUCGGGGAAUCUAGCUCACUGGUGCACACCGGCGACAAUUUUCCGAUUAUUCAGCAGAACUGAUUAAGUAUUUCCCUGGGAGGUUCAGCGCGCGCACGCGCCCCCCGGGUUUGUGUUGAGUAACGCGUGCACGACGUCAUUCAGCGCCUGCACAUCGUUGUUGCUCAAGACUCAAGACGUUGCAAGAAAAUGGCUAACGAAGCGACGGGGAACGGCGGCGCGGCGGCCGUUGCUGCGGUUGGACGUGCCCGACCUGCCAGACCACACAAGGGAUCGCACCGCCCAAGUGGCCGCGGCCCGCCCAGCGGAGCGCGCCGCGGCCCGUCCCUGCGCCAGUGCGCACGCGCGGCCGUCAUCCGGGUGCUGGCUGCGGCUGCAGGUUGCGCUAGGGUGGCGGACCGGGGGCGGGGCCAGCGGCUCAUUGUGCGCAGCGCUGCGCCGCGCCGGCGGCCGCCGAGGCCUGGGUGGAAGUUGGCGCUGCUGCCGCCGCCGCCGCCCUGCAGCCCACUCGCUGCCUCGGCGGCGCGCUGCUCUUCUAAGAUGGCUGCCGCUACCGCUGCGGUGGCAGCCUCGGCCGCCUCGGGUCAGGCGGAAGGUAAAAAGAUCACCGAUCUGCGGGUCAUCGAUCUGAAGUCGGAGCUGAAGCGGCGGAACUUAGACAUCACCGGAGUCAAGACCGUGCUCAUCUCCCGACUCAAGCAGGCUAUUGAAGAGGAAGGAGGCGAUCCAGAUAAUAUUGAAUUAACUGUUUCAACUGAUACUCCAAACAAGAAACCAACUAAAGGCAAAGGUAAAAAACAAGAAGCAGAUGAGUUGAGUGGAGAUGCUUCUGUGGAAGAUGAUGCUUUCAUCAAGGACUGUGAAUUGGAGAAUCAAGAGGCACAAGAGCAAGAUGGAAAUGAUGAACUAAAGGACUCUGAAGAAUUUGGUGAAAAUGAAGAAGAAAAUGUGCGUUCCAAGGAGUUACUCUCUGCAGAAGAAAACAAGAGAGCUCAUGAAUUAAUAGAGGCAGACGCAGUAGAAGAUAGAGAAAAAGAGGACAUCGAAAGUCAGGAAAUUGAAGCUCAAGAAGGUGAAGAUGAUACCUUUCUAACAGCCCAAGAUGGUGAGGAAGAAGAAAAUGAGAAAGAUAUAGCAGGUUCUGGUGAUGGUACACAAGAAGUAUCUAAACCUCUUCCUUCAGAAGGGAGCCUAGCUGAGGCUGAUCACACAGCUCAUGAAGAGAUGGAAGCUCAUACGACUGUGAAAGAAGCUGAGGAUGACAACAUCUCGGUCACAAUCCAGGCUGAAGAUGCCAUCACUCUGGAUUUUGAUGGUGAUGACCUCCUAGAAACAGGUAAAAAUGUGAAAAUUACAGAUUCUGAAGCAAGUAAGCCAAAAGAUGGGCAGGACGCCAUUGCACAGAGCCCGGAGAAGGAAAGCAAGGAUUAUGAGAUGAAUGCGAACCAUAAAGAUGGUAAGAAGGAAGACUGCGUGAAGGGUGACCCUGUCGAGAAGGAAGCCAGAGAAGGUUCUAAGAAAGCAGAAUCUGGAGACAAAGAAAAGGAUACUUUGAAGAAAGGGCCCUCGUCUACUGGGGCCUCUGGUCAAGCAAAGAGCUCUUCAAAGGAAUCUAAAGACAGCAAGACAUCAUCUAAAGAUGACAAAGGAAGUACAAGUAGCACUAGUGGUAGCAGUGGAAGCUCAACUAAAAAUAUCUGGGUUAGUGGACUUUCAUCCAGUACCAAAGCUGCUGAUUUGAAGAACCUCUUUGGCAAAUAUGGAAAGGUUCUGAGUGCAAAAGUAGUUACAAAUGCUCGAAGUCCUGGGGCAAAAUGCUAUGGCAUUGUAACUAUGUCUUCAAGCACAGAGGUGUCCAGGUGUAUUGCCCAUCUUCAUCGCACUGAGCUGCAUGGACAGCUGAUUUCUGUUGAAAAAGUAAAAGGUGAUCCCUCUAAGAAAGAAAUGAAGAAAGAAAAUGAUGAAAAGAGCAGUUCAAGAAGUUCUGGAGAUAAAAAAAAUAUGAGUGAUAGAAGUAGCAAGACACAAGCCUCUAUGAAAAAAGAAGAGAAAAGAUCAUCUGAGAAAUCUGAAAAAAAAGAAAGCAAGGAUACUAAGAAAAUAGAUGGUAAAGAGGAGAAGAAUGAUAAUGGAGCAAGUGGCCAAACAUCAGAAUCAAUUAAAAAAAGUGAAGAAAAGAAGCGAAUAACUUCAAAGAGUCCAGGACAUAUGGUAAUAUUAGACCAAACUAAAGGAGAUCAUUGUAGACCAUCAAGAAGAGGAAGAUAUGAGAAAAUUCAUGGAAGAAGUAAGGAAAAGGAGAGAGCCAGUCUAGAUAAAAAAAGAGAUAAAGACUACAGAAGGAAAGAGAUCUUGACUUUUGAAAAGAUGAAGGAACAAAGACUGAAAGAACAUGUGUUUCGUUUUGAAAGGCUGCGACGAGCAAUGGAACUUCGGAGACGAAGAGAGAUUGCAGAGAGAGAGCGUCGAGAGCGAGAACGCAUUAGAAUAAUUCGUGAACGGGAAGAACGGGAACGCUUACAGAGAGAGAGAGAGCGCCUAGAAAUUGAAAGGCAAAAACUAGAGAGAGAGAGAAUGGAACGCGAACGCUUGGAAAGGGAACGCAUUCGUAUUGAACAGGAACGUCGUAAGGAAGCUGAACGGAUUGCUCGAGAAAGAGAGGAACUCAGACGGCAACAGCAGCAGCUUCGGUAUGAACAAGAAAAAAGGAAUUCCUUGAAACGCCCACGUGAUGUAGAUCACAGGCGAGAUGAUCCUUACUGGAGCGACAAUAAAAAGUUGUCUCUAGAUACAGAUGCACGAUUUGGCCAUGGAUCUGACUACUCUCGCCAGCAGAACAGAUUUAAUGACUUUGAUCACCGAGAGAGGGGCAGGUUUCCUGAGAGUUCAGCAGUACAGUCUUCAUCUUUUGAAAGGCGGGAUCGCUUUGUUGGUCAAAGUGAAGGGAAAAAAGCACGACCUACUGCACGAAGGGAAGAUCCAAGCUUUGAAAGAUAUCCCAAAAAUUUCAGUGACUCCAGAAGAAAUGAGCCUCCACCACCAAGGAAUGAACUUAGAGAAUCAGACAGGCGAGAAGUACGAGGGGAGCGAGACGAAAGGAGAACAGUGAUCAUUCAUGACAGGCCUGACAUCACUCACGCUAGACAUCCUCGAGAGGCAGGGCCCAAUCCUUCCAGACCCACCAGCUGGAAGAGUGAAGGAAGCAUGUCCACUGACAAACGGGAAACAAGAGUCGAAAGACCGGAAAGAUCUGGGAGAGAAGUAUCAGGACACAGCGUGAGAGGUGCCCCCCCUGGGAAUCGUAGCAGCACCUCGGGGUACGGGAGCAGAGAUGGAGACAGAGGAGCCAUCACAGACCGAGGAAGUGGAGCACAGCACUAUCCUGAGGAGCGACAUGUGGUUGAACGCCAUGGACGGGACACAAGUGGACCAAGGAAAGAGUGGCAUGGUCCACCCUCUCAAGGGCCUAGCUAUCAUGAUACAAGGCGAAUGGGUGAUGGCCGGGCAGGAGCAGGCAUGAUAACCCAACAUUCAAGUGCAAUGGCAUCAAUGCGUGAGAAGCUACGGACAGCUUACACGAUGCAAAGAAGAGUCCAGCUACGGACAGCUUACACGAUGCAAAGAGGAGUCCAGAUACGGACAGCUUACACGAUGCAAAGAAGAGUCCAGAAAGACAGCAGCCAGUCUUUCAAACUCAUCCUGUGUUCCCUGAUUUCAGACCCAAGGACUACCUAAUUUGUAAAAGGUCGAUGAUUAAAUAGAGAAGUAUGCCAAGUGCUGUGGCUCACGCCUAUAAUCCCAGCACUUUGGGAGGCCGAGGCGGGUGGAUCACCUGAGGUUGGAAGUUUGAGACCAGCCUGACCAACAUGGAGAAACGCCGUCUCUACUAAAAAUACAAAAAUUAAGAGGGGCAUGGUGGCACAUGCCUGUAAUCCCAGCUACUCAGGACACUGAGACAGGGGAAUUGCUGGAACUCGGGAGGCGGAGGUUGCAACGGUGAGCCAAGAUCGCACCAUUGCACUCCAGCCUGGGCAACAAGAGUGAAACUCCAUCUCAAAAAAAAAAAAAAGGUAAACAUGAAAAAAAACAAGCCAGGUGUGAUGGCUCACACCUAUAAUCCUAGCACUUUGGGAGGCCAAGGUAGGUGGGUCAAGAGUUCAAGACCAGCCUGGCCAACAUGGUAAAACCCCAUCUCUACUAAAAAUACAAAAAUGAGCUGGGCAUGGUGGUGCACCCUCUGUAAUCCCAGCUGCUCAGAAGGCUGAGGCAGGAGAAUCGCUUGAACCAGGGAGGCGGAGGUUGCAGUUAGCCUAGAUCACGCCACUACACUCCAGCCUGGGCAACAGAGCAAGACUCCAUCUCAAAAGAAAAAAAAAAUAGAUAAUUAAACUGGCAUAGAUGUGAAUUGGGCAAAAUCUGAGGUCUAAUGGUUGAUGAGUCUGGGCCACUCCCCCAGAGGUUUAUGAUGGGGUUCCAGCAUGUUUUACCUCCAAAAGUUCCUCCACAGGAUUCACAUAUACAGCAAGGUUUGAGAAUCAUUCUAGAGAUACAGCUCAGAGUAAGAAAGACUAAAUGAUUUUUACAAGGUGCUGGCAAUUAACUGUUUUUGUCAGUGGGAUGAGAUUCUCUGAUUUUCUGGUUAAAUGAUGUUCAAUUCCUCUGUAGAGCUGAAUCACUCGGUGGGAGUGGGGGACUUCCCCAUCAGGUUUAGGAACGUGGGUCCGGAGCUUUCAGAACUGUCCUGCUUGCCAGGCAUGAUAGCUCACGCCUCUAAUCUUAGCACUUGGGAGGGCUGAGGUGGGAGGAACACUUGAGGCUAGGAAUUGAAGACUAGCCUGGGCCAAACAGUGAGACCCUGUCUCUUUAAAAACAAAAAACGAAAAUGAACUGCGUUGGUUAAGCUGUGAAAUAUUAUGUAUUAUUUAGAUAAGUAAUACUUCGUUUUCAUUCUAUUAAGUAGAGAGUCACCUUUGAAAGGAGUGUAACGGGGCGAAUGCAAGUACUAGAGAGUCUAGAUCAAGAGUCUCAUUUUGCAUCAACUAAAAUUUUCAUUCACUAAGCAAAAAUAUUACACUUUUCAGUUGACACUGUUUACCUAUUUUUUUCAAGUGGGUUUUAUCUUAUCUGCUUAUUUUUUAAAUGUAAACACAAAAGCUCCAAGUGGUCACACAGAAUGACAGAAGUAAACUCGAAUUCUAGUUUUCAGUGUAUAGGUUUUGCACCUAUCUUUAGUAUUUUGGUUGAUGGUAUUAUUAAUGGACUUGUUGAAUUUCAGUUUUCAGUUGUUCAUUGCUAGCAUACAGAAACGAGUAUUUUGCAGUAAAAUGUACAAAUAUGCACACAUUUUAAGUGUACAAUUUACUGUGCAUAGAUGAAUGCAGACAGCCAAGCCAUUACCGCCAUGGUCACGAUGUGGAGUGUUUCCAUCACCAAGUUUCCUUGUGCCCUUUCCUGGUUGUCCUAAACUGUAUCUGCAGCCCCAGGCACCACUUAUCUGCUUUUUACCACUGGAGACUUCAUGUCUUAGAGAGUUUCCUAUAAACAGGAUCAUACAGUAAUGUCUUAUUUAGUGUCUGGUUCCUUUCACUCAGCAGUUUUUGCAAUUCAGCCAUGUUGCUGUUUGUGUUAGCCAUUCCAUCUUCCUGUUGCUGUGUAGGUUUCCAAUGUACAGAUGUAUCACAGUUUUUUGUGCAUUCACCUAUUGAUGGAAAUUUGGGUUGUUGACCAUUUUGGGCAAUUAUGAAUAAAACUGCUAUGAAUAUUUGUGUACAA